AUGGCAUCAUCUGGCCUGAAUAGACUCCCUGUCGAGAUUGUGGAGGAAAUCGCCAAGUAUCUCGACAAGCCCGGGCUCUUAUCAGUCCGUGCAACCUGCCAAUAUGCGGAUGCCGUCCUUCUACCUCACAUUCUCGGUCUAGUUGCUGCCGAGACCAAGACGUCAGGCUGGGUGGAUGCUUAUCUCCAGAAGCUCGCCGAGGGUCACCUACACGAUAUCAUGACCCUAUUUCUCGUACACCAGCCGCCCCUAAACGAACUAGACAUUAGGGGCCAGACGGCGCUGCACGUCGCCGCCCGCUCCGGCUGUGUCGAGUGCGUCCGGCGGCUGCUCGACGCCGGUGCGGACCCCAACGUUGUCGAUCGCUCGCGGUGGACGCCGCUCAUGCUAGCGGCCAGAUAUGGCCACUUCGAGGUCGCAGAACGGCUGUUGCGCGCCGGAGCAGACAUCAACCACCAAGGGUUCCGACGCUGGACUCCGCUGCAUCUGGCUGUCCGGAAUAGCCGUGAAGGUGUGGCAGCACUCUUGCUUGCCACCGGCGCGGACGGCGAGAUCACGGAUGAUGAAGGCAUUCCGGCGCGGGAAGCCUUCGCGCGGCAGGGCCGCAUCUCAGGGCCCGCUCCAGCGGUUCCAGUCCGCAUAUCCGCGGCCGCUUUGAUAUCCGGAGGGCCUACCACCGAGCUUCAGGGCUAUGAUGCAGGUCACAUCGAACUGGUCCCGCCUCACAAUACGAGGCACAUUGAAGCCAAGCCUGACAAGGACGCUCAUGGCGGCGACCUCGCCAGCUCGUCGUCUCUAAACCUCUCCCUCCCUCCUCACCUUUUGGGUUCCUGGGAGACAACGGGCUCUUUGAAGAUAGCUAUGGACUCUCCGAGACCUGGCGUCGACCUUGAGAAGGAGCUCACUUGUUCGAUCUGCACCGAGCUUCUCUACCAGCCUCUCACGCUGCUCGACUGCCUGCACACGUUCUGCGGCGCAUGCCUCAAGGAGUGGUUCAACUGGCAGGCCAUCGCCGCCGAGACGGCACCGACCCCUCCCGCACCCGGGGCGCCAGUCUUCACCUGCCCGUCAUGCCGCGCUCCGGUCCGGGAUACCAGGCACAACGCCACGGUAGCCACCUUGCUGGACAUGUAUCUCACUGCCAACCCGGACAAGAGCAAGCCGGACGAGGAGAAGCAGGAGAUGAACAGCAAGUACAAGCCUGGAGACCAGGUGCUGCCGGUCCUCAGGAAGAAGACCUCCGAGGAGCUACGAGCCGACGAGGAGGAAAGAAGGCUCAUCGAGGAGGUGCGCGCUCUGAGCUUGCAGGAGACCAUGGGUGGGCCGGCGCCACUAAGGACUAGGAGACGAGAGGGCAGCAGCUCACGAGACACUCACACCCGGACGCCAAGAGACAGCCGGGAUGGGAGUCGAGAUACCCGGGCCAGAGAUGCCCGGGACCGGAGCCGAAGGCACGCCGCUGAGGAAGAGAACAGGCGACGGGCGGAGCAGAGCGCCAUGCUCCAGGUCGAGGACGGCACGAACGCGGAGCAGGCGCACCGCCGAAGCGGAUCGAGACCGCGCGCUGAAUCGGCUGAGACACGACGGCGAGCUAUAGAGCACCAGUCAUCCAUUAGAUCCCUCAUCAGCUCCUCUGAUCCGGGCUCUUUGGAUAUCGAGCGAGAAAUAGAGGCUUUUGCUCGGCAGAUCCAGGAAGAAGGUCUCCUUGAUGGCCUAGAUUUGGAUAAUAUCGACCUGAGCAACAACGACGAACUCAGUCGCCGAAUCACCGAGGCCUACCGCAGGAGACAACGCGAGAGGUCUCGACAUGAAGCUGCCCGGCGGAGUAAUGCAAGUGCUGUAUCGCGCCAUCAAAGGGAGAGCACACCCCCCGAAGGCCGGUCGAGGCCGGCGGACCGUUCAAGGGAAACCACGCGGCAAAGGGCACAGUCGCAGUCGCAUUCGAGGUCGGCAAGUGCUGCAAGCCAAUCAGCUGAGCGUAGCAGGCCGCCUCCGUCGUCGAGCAGUAGUCACCUGGGAAUCCGUGAGGAGCCACGGCGUCACCGGCGCAGGACCACUAGUGAAGGACGGAGCUCAACAGUCCCAAUUGCUGCUAUACAGCCGCAAACUAGGGUUGCGUCACGAUCACAGACAGACUUGGCGAUGCGGCCUGGCACAGGUGACUCAGCAUCCACAGCACCCCCAUUCACACGUCCGAGUAUCUCGGAUGGGCGGAGCUCGAGUUCCCCCACGAUGGGCGGCCCAGGGCAGACAGAUCUCCCAAACUCCCAUGGUCUAUCUUUCAGUGCUAGACUUCCUCAAACUACUCAGUCGCCUGUGAUGUCUCCCACUCUAACAGAAAGUAAUGGGAGCUUUGGGAAUAGACGCGGAGACCGACCUGCGGAUAUCUUGGCACCAUCAAUGUCGAGCAACUUUUCAUCGCCUAUAGUGGCCGAUGGUUGGCACUCGCCUUCUUCGCCUUCUUCUUCGCAUCACAGGUCGAGACCACAGUUGUAUCCUGAGCCGUCUAUCUCGUGUGAGAGGUGCGGGCGACAGCACAUCGAAUACCAUCUUCAUUACAACUGCGGAACCUGUAAGGGGGGCAACUGGAACAUCUGCCUUGACUGCUACCGAAAGGGCAAAGGCUGUCUGCACUGGUUCGGUUUUGAGCAUAAUGCCGCAUGGAAGAAGUGGGACGCGCUCCGCAAAGCUGGGCGAACGUCUGGUGAAGAGCCUCACAUGCUCUCGGCGAGUCGCUAUCUGCGACCGAAGAGCAUCCCUGGCGGAGCAGAGGGGAGGAAGACACUGACGUCGGAAAACCCGCUCGAUAGAUUGCAGAGCGGGACGUUUUGCGCUAGGUGUUUUGCCUGGACCAACGAUUGCUACUGGAGGUGCGACAUCUGCAAUGACGGCGACUGGGGCUUCUGCAACGACUGUGUCAACGUCGGGCGCUGCUGUACGCACCCGCUUCUGCCACUGGCACACUACAGUUCGCAGACGCCGACACCGCCGUCGACACCCCGGACGCCCGGGCGUCCACGCUCUGCAACCUUCUUCAUGGGCCCGAACGCACUCAGCAUCGGGAGGUUCCGGCCUCUGACAUUCAAGACUCGAUGCGAUGUCUGUCGAAACCCAAUACCGCCAGCCCAGAGCCGGUAUCACUGCUUUGCAUGCACCAGCUCGCUCAUCACGGAUUCCAGGCCCGGUGACUACGACGUUUGUCACCCCUGCUACAGCUCGCUCGUCUCUAACAAGGAGAUAAGCUCUGAGAACGGCCCCAACGGGUGGAGGCGCUGCCCGCGCGGCCACCGGAUGGUCGUCAUCGCCUUCAAAGACGACAAGGGUGGCCAGAAACGGCACCUGCUCCAGGACCUGGUGGGCGGCCGACGACUACUCGUCGAGACGGUCACGGAUGGACACCACACCGAGCACGCGGCCUCUGGCCUCGAGAGGUGGGUGUGGUACGAGAGAGAGCGCAAGAUGAGCCGCCUCGUGGCGAAGGACGUGCGCGUCACGGCGGACGCGAACGAGGCGGCGCCGUUCCCCCGGUCCGGAGGCUUCGGCCCAAGCGCUGUGGCCCGCUUUGCUUGGAACCCGGCCGAGGGGUCCGACGACGAACUGCUGUUCCCCAAGGGGGCCGAGAUCAAGGAGGUGGAGGACAUCAACGGCGACUGGUUCCACGGAAUCUACAUGGGGGUCAAGGGCCUUUUCCCGGCACCAUAUGUUGUUGUGCUGGAGAGCUCUACCAGUUCUUGA